UCCUGCUGCAACGCUGUAUCAGAUUAGUGCAGGACUUUUGAGAUAUAUGCGUGAUAAUGGUGUGACAGAUUUGAAUUUUUUGGAUAAUAAUGAUAAACGAUUUUACAACUUUAGAAAAACACUUGAUGCGCGGAUGAAAGAAAUAUCGUCCAAAGGUAUUGGACUUAAAAAGAAGCAAGCUGAUCCUAUUUCACCUGAUGAUGAAAAUUUACUUUGGGAUAAAAACUUGCUUGGGAGCGGAUCUUCUAAAUCGAUGCUAAAUACUGUUUUCUAUUACAAUUGUAAGUUGUUCGGACUCCGCGGCAUGGACGAACAUCGUUCUCUCACAAGCGACCAAUUCACUCUUGGACAAGAUAAAGAAGGAACUUAUAUUGAUUUCCAAGGGAAAACUUCCAAAAAUUUUUCUGGGGGGGCUACAUCAACGGAAAAUACAGGCAAAACAUGUUAGGCACUACAGCUCUUCGUCCGAUAUGAGAUCUUUGUAUUUGAUAUACAAAAAUUACUUGGAUCUAAUUGGAUCGUCUGGACCUGGAUCAUUUUACAGGCGCCCUAUUUCUGGACCUACCCCCAGAUUUUCGAGCCAAGUUGUCGGCGUUAACAAAUUAUCUACUAUUGUAAAAAAUAUGUGCUCGGAGGCAGGUUUGUCCGGAAAUUUUUCGAAUCAUUCAGGAAAGAGAACUUGUGCUACGUCCCUGUACAAUAAUGGGAUAGAUGAGCAGUUAAUUAUGGAAAGAACGGGACACAGAAGUGAUGCUGUCAGAAAGUAUAAACGGACUUCUACAACUCAACAGAGCAAAGUCAGUAAAUUAUUGGAUCCGCCACCCAAAAAGAUAUGUUCUUCAGGGACCGAAAACACGGAUCCUGAUGAGACGCCUAAUACCCAUCUGGAUGUAAAGUCUUCGUGUGAGCGUUAUUUUGGGGAAAACAUUUCUAACAUUUCGCCAUCUUCCCGGACCGACGGUGGUUUUGUCCUUUCUAACUGCAGUGUUAUCUUUAAUAUGCAUUGAACUGCAUGUUAUCCGCUUUUAUCACGUUUGUUUUUAAUUGUAUUGGUAAUACAUUGAAUAAAAUUUAUU